AUGGGUUUCAUUGCAUCUGUAGCCCGCUGCGUGCGAGACAACAGGCUCUCGCGGAGAUUGUCCAAUGCGAAACCACAACGUCUCGACGAUGAUGUGAAUGAUUUGAUCAAAACUACCUCCCAAUCGGCGUCCCUUGCUCCAGCAGAGAGCAUCGCAUCGGUCUCGACGGCAGUCCACCACUCCUCUCAGGAACCUGUUGUCCCGACCGAGUCCCCGGCUCACCAGAAACAGCUGAACCCAUUCGAAUUGAAUAUCCACACCCUCUUUGACGAGGUCGAUACGCUGGACCCGGCCACAAGCCGCGCCAUCAGGGCAUUGUCCAUGCCUGAAUACCCGGUUCUCAAGCUCGACACGAUACAGUCGCCGUUUGAUACACCGGCGAAGACAUUGGGGGAUCCUAUUGAUACGGGUGAUGAUAUGAAGCGGAAAAAGAGUAUCGGUAGUCAGCCCAAAAAGAGCCGGGAGGGGAAAAGGCAAAAGAUUGAACAAGAUCUCCCGACGGAAAAUACAAAGUCGAUGUCGAGGAUACGAAGGUCUAUGGCCAGUCUGCUUAAACGGCGCUCGCUGAGGAGCUCUAAGUCACCACCAUCGUUGAGAACGUUGCGCAACCCCCACUCGCCGAAGUGGCUUGAUGGGGCGAGUGUAUCGGGAGAAGACGUUAGGGCUGAUGAAAAAAGAGAAGAGAAGUGGCUUGAAGCAAACGGUUUGAGUAAUGAAAAAGACAAAUUGACCUUUUGGAAUGGACAGGGACGUGGGGGACUAUGGUAA